UGUUGAUCGUCGUUAUUCGGUAGGUUCAUCACUUUGCUGUUAAACAUUUUCUUUCUGUCAAACGUAUUCAUUGGCUGUGUUUGCCGCAACUGUUCGAAUUAGAUUUUCAAUUAGGAUUUCUCUGGGAUAAAAGCAAUAAAAAUGAAAAGCAAUUUCCUGAUUUUAUUGCUGGUGGUGCCAGCACUAAUUUGCACAUUUCAUGCCCCACAUAGAUUUGCGGCGUUCGCUGAAGGCUCGGCAGAGGAUGACCUCGUAGAUGUAGAGGGUGAAGAUGGUGCCGUGACCGGUGAUGAUGCUGAGAAUGAAGAAGAUGCUGAUGCUAGUGUGACCACGUCGCCUUAUGCUGACACUUAUUUGCUUUUUACAAAACCCUUAUAUACGGCUGGUCAACAAUUGGAUUUACCUGGUGGUAAACCUGUUGAAUUCCUUAUCGGUUUCACAAAUAAAGGCAAAAAUGAAUUUGUUAUCGAGACCGUGGAAGCAUCUUUCCGUUACCCUAUGGAUUUCAACUAUCAUAUUCAGAACUUCUCAGCUGUUGCAUACAAUCGUGAAGUGAAACCAGGCUCUGAAGCUACUGUUGCAUAUUCGUUCAUGCCAUCAGACACAUUUGCUGGUCGUCCUUUCGGUUUAAAUAUUGCCUUGAAUUAUCGUGAUGGUGCCGGAGCUCAAUUCACUGAAGCUGUUUUCAAUGAAACUGUGUUGAUCUCUGAGGUCGAUGAAGGUCUUGACGGCGAAACUUUCUUCUUGUAUGUGUUGUUAGCUGGCAUUGUUGUCUUGUUGCUGGUUAUUGGUCAGCAAUACCUUUUGGGCUCAUCUGGCAAGAGGAAGCGUGCUGCUGCUAAAAAGACCAUUGAAACUGGUACUGCCAAUGACAGCAACAUCGAAUAUGAAUGGCUACCACAAGAAACUUUGCGAGUGCUGCAACAAUCACCCAAAUCAAAGACUCCAAAAACAUCGCCAAAGCCAGGCAAACAAAGCAGCCCAAAACAAGGUCAGAGCCCCAAACAGCGAAAAGUGAAACGCGGUGAUGAUUAAACUAUAACUGUGGUCGCAUCACAGUAAAAACAACAAAUUCACCUCAAAUGUAAACGCAUAAUCGCCUUACGCGCUUGGAAAUCAUAUAUUUUUUUUAUUUUUUAAUACGUUGUUUCUAUUAUUUCUAUAUGCGACAUUUGAGAAUUAUUAGAUUUCGAUAAACACAA